CUGUCCCUCCUGCGCGUGCUCUGGCGGCGGUUGUCCGUCAAUCAAUCGGUUGUUCCAAAAGUCAUAAGCGCGGGAGGAGGAUGGCGCGCUCCUUGUAUUCCAUCGUUGCUGUAGGCAAGAACAUGGGCAUUGGGAAGGACGGGGCGCUCCCUUGGCCCCCGCUGAGGAAUGAGCUUAAAUAUUUCCAUAAAAUGACCACGACAUCUACACAAGAAGGAAAACAAAACGUAGUAAUAAUGGGUAAGAAGACUUGGUUCUCCAUUCCUGAGAAAAAUCGCCCUUUAAAAAACAGAAUUAACAUAGUACUCAGCAAAGAACUAACGGAAGUGCCUCAAGGAGCCCACUACCUGGCCAGAAGUCUAGAUGAGGCACUAGAGCUUCUAGAAUCAUCAGAACUGGCAAGUAAGAUAGACAUGGUUUGGAUAGUUGGAGGCCAUUCAGUUUAUAAGGCAGCAAUGGACAAACCAAUUCAUCAACUGUUGUUUGUGACAAGAAUCCUACAUGAGUUUGAAAGUGAUACAUUUUUUCCAGAAAUUGAUUUAGAAAAAUACAGGCUACUCCCUGUCUAUGAAGGUGUCCCUACUGAUAUCCAAGAAGAAAAUGGUGUGCAAUACAAAUUUGAAGUAUAUGAAAAGAGCAUCUAAACCUACUUGCCUCAACACAUGCUUCUUAUUUAAUCUGUUUUUCAAAAAGAACCAUGACUUUCAACUGCUUUAUAUUGUCUCUAAGAGGAAAAAGGAGAGGUUACUACUUUGCUACACAUUGAGGCUUUCUUGGCAAAGAAGACUUUGCAUCAGUAGCAGUUCCAUUGAGAGUAACUGCUGUUGCAGUAAAAACAACAUUUUUACAAAGAUAACCCAGCUGUGGCUGCUGAAGAUAAGAUGGGGCCAGAAUUGCUUCUUUUUUCCCCUCUCAGAAGGCACAUGAGGGUAACAAUCCUGUGCCGAUUUACACAGAAGUAAACGUCACUGAAAUCAAUGAAAUUUAUUUUUCUGUAAUCAUCUCUAUAAUGUAGUCUCCAUCUCCCUCUGUUCCUUCUCUCACCACUUCCCAGACUAAUUCAGGUGCUAUUGAUGAAGAGGCUUCAGCACCACAAGCAUAAUGCAGCAGAGAAACUGCAAUGUAAAAGUCUUGAGCUGUCUAUACUGAAAUACUUUACAUGCUUUGCCAAUAACAAGUAUCAUUCCUUUUCAUUUAAUAAAAGAGUUGCAAUUCUGAA